AUGAUACAACAUUUCAUAGUUCUCUUACUCGGCAUCUCCCCUGUCUUCUCAAACACCGAAAAAACAACAGUUGUUGGGCCGAAAAUAUUUGUCCCACUUAAUAGGCAUAUAGCUCUUGGUCAUAUUAACCUAAAGGUCUUAUCGCCUCAUCACACCCCCUUUAGGACUCACAUUAAGUCUACAUUUCCUAACGAUUUAUCCAAAAUUGGUCGAACAUCAUGGUUUAUAAUGGGUGAUUUGAUCGAGGGUCAAAAAUAUGAAGUGAGAAUAUGUUGGGCUGCUACUCAGCCUACUACAUUCCGUAUAAAAACUCAUGAGUUGCACCGAUAUUCUGAUAUUCCUAAACUCGUUACAGAAAUGAUGAAAAGUGGUGACGUUAGAAAUAGCGAUCCUCAGGUGGCAUUUUUUCACACCAAUCUCACAUCGUCCACAGCCCCAGAUCAGGACAGAGAACUAUCUACUGUUUUGCUACAACUUGAUGCUGCUGCUGACUAUUAUACUUGGAACAAGGAAUUAAUGCAAGAAGUACCUCAGGUCCAUGCAGAUAUAAUUGUCGACCCGUAUAUACUCAACAUAUUUCCCCAAUCAUUGCUCCUCACUUUGGUAUACAUUUCACUUCUUUCCAUUGGCAGCUGUCUCUUUUCAACCAUGGUUGUCGGCAUGUUAGAGGGCAUUUCUCGAAAAAGCAUCAAAUCAGAAAAGUAUUUAUAA